AUGGCGGACUAUGAUGAGUACAACGAAAGUAAACAAUAUACCUUGUUUCCUUGUACUCAUCCUACUUGUGCCAAUUCCAAUAAAUGGUAUAAAAAACUUGAGCAGCACUAUAACUGCACGCAUGAAGGGGAGCAGUGCUGUUUAGAAGAUGCCAUAAAAGAGCGAUGGAGACGGCAAGGACAAAGAAUGCUAAAUAAAAUUAUGCAAUCAUGUUCUGAUAUGGUUGGUAUAAAAUUAAUAUGUAUUUUCGACCAUAUAUCUUUAAGUCAAGAUUAACUUCAAAAUAAUCUUUUCAUAGCUAUUAGUUGGUAUUUUAACACUGUAUAAGUUUUUUAAUUUUUUGGUUCUUAGGCCACAUAAAAUAAAUUCCUUGAUUCUCAUCACUACACUUUGAAAAUGUCGAAGAGGCAGGAGGUUUAUAUUUUAUAUUUAUAUAAUUUAAUAUAUAUCAAUAAAUAAAAGUGUCACAAACUGAAAUAAACAUUUCUCCACGAACAAUGACUGGCCCUUGAACUGAAUGUCUGAAUGCAAAGUUUUCUUUUGAGGUUCUAUUUGUUUGAAAUUGGCAGUUUAAAAUGGCAAUAAAAACCCAAUAUAAAAUAUAAAAAACUUAACUGUCUUGAAAUAUUUAGUCGGGCGGUACAUUUAUAUUGUAUAACAAAAUAAAAAAAAUUUCAUGCGGCUCUUAAAAAGUUAAAAUACAGUCGGGCGGUGAUGAGAAUCAAGACCCUUAAGGAUUUUUCUAACAAAAUCAUUUUAUCACCCCCCCCCCCCUUAUUGAGGCAACAUAUUUCAUAGCCCCCCCCCCCAAUUCUGAAUUCGAUGACUCUAAGUCAGUUUCAUAAACAUUUUUCCUGCCCUCAUACUCAGUUUACUUGCAGCUGUAAAGAAUAUUGUAAAUAUUGAAAAUGAUAGCCAAGGUGGACAGGAGUGACUUUAGUUUCACAAUAGACACGAUAGAUAAUUCAGACUUUAUACCUGAAAAGUUGUUGGCCCUCAAACAAAAAACCCACACAUCAGGCCUAGUCUUGCACUAAUUGAAAAAAAUACAUUUGUGUCUGGUGGAAGCAUUAUAUUGAAGAGAUGGCAGAGGAGACUGUCAACAACAUGCAGAAACAGAACAUGCCAAAGAGGUCCACUGUGUUAAAAAGUGUAAAACAGGGCAACAACUGUCAAUUAAUUCUUGCAUUUGCAAAUGCAUAUCACGACCCUCUAGACAAAUUCUACGGUGAUGAUGAGGAUGACAAUUUCCAUAUACAGUAGCUAGAACACAACUUUAGGUUCCGAUAUAUUGGGCAUUACUGUUCAAUGUAUGUAUGUAUACUGUAUAUAUCCAUAACUCUUUUGAUAUUACAUGUUACAAACUAUUCCAUAGAUUUUAUUUUUUGCCCCCCCCCUUUAUGUUCAAAAUAUUUUCUCCCCCCCCCCUCGCUGGUCAAAAAUUUUUUGUGGCCCCUCUAAAUUUCCUCCGGCCCCCUACCCAGCAUUAAUAAUGACUGGUCCUUUAAAACUAUAAAUCAGGAUUUUUUUCAGGGAUUUUUUUAGGGCCAUUAAUAAAACUGCCCCAAAAACUCAAUCUUAAAUUGAGUUUUGAAACUCAAUCUUCUCACCAAAGUUUCAGUGCAGUAAAAAUGAAGUUGUUUGAGUUAAAUUUUGUAUGUGUGGAAAUUAGUUUUCAGUUGCAAGCCCAACAAUUAAGAAAAAAUGGCUGGAAUUCAUCUCACAACACAAGAAAAACUAUGCAUUCGCCGUCUCAACUACAUUUAUUGAGUACAGGUGUCAGCUCCCCGGUAGGGGUGGGGGGGGGGGUGCAGCCACCCCAGCUGUUCAGCUAAACUCAAUCUUCUCUGCAAAAACGGACCCAAAAAAAAAUCCUGAAAAAAACCCUGAUAAAUAUAUUUUAUCAUUUUUUUCUUUUGAGGUUGAUGGUAACAUUUAUAAUUUGAGUUCAUGUGAACAAGACUUUCAACUCCAAUCUACAAGCUCGGAAAUAGCUGCAUUGAAAGUUGCAUGCAUAUUACUGGAACAAGGGAAAUUGAAACAAUAUUCUGAAGAGCCAUACAGAGAAAUAACUGUGAAAACACCCAAUGAGACUGUAGUAUAUGAAGCUUGGAAAGAAUUUGACGAGCAACAAGAUAAAUAUCUUCCUGAAAUCCAAACAAAGAGAACAACUGUUAACAUGGGAUGGUUUGAAAAUAAUACAGGACUUUCAGAUAUUGCUACAAGCACUGAGUUUGGUAUACCAGAGGAAAGACGUGAUGAUGUUGAUGAUGUGAGUGACCCGUUUUCAUCUGUAUGUAUCAGCUCUGAGUCUCUUGUGGCAGCUACAGAAACAGUUCUUAAACAGUUAACAAUGCCUGUAACACAGGCCGAGCAACUACUUCCUCUAAUGGAAGCAAUCUUUGGCCAUUCAUCAUUUCAGCUGAAACAAAAACAAGCUAUUAAUUCAUGCCUGCAAAAAAAGAAUACAUUUGUUGUGAUGCCCACCGGAGGGGGAAAGUCUAUGAUAUAUCUCCUACCAGCAUUGGCACAACAUGGUUUAUCUAUUAUUAUUUCACCGCUUAGAUCACUGAUUGAAGAUCAAAUUUCCAGAUGCACUUCUCUCGGUAUAUGCUCAGCCUUUAUAAUGGGGGAAAUGACUAAUACUGAAAAACAGAAAGUAUAUUGUGGUCUCAAGCAGCCACAAUGUCCAUUCAAGGUGUUAUAUACCACACCUGAGGUAAUCACAACUGAUAAAUUGCUUCGUGAUAUUUUACUCUCUUUGCAUUCAACUGGAGCCAUUCAGCAGUUUGUCAUUGAUGAGGCUCACUGCGUUAGCCAGUGGGGUCAUGACUUCAGGCCAUCAUACACUGAUGUUAAAUUAAUUUUUUAUGACUACCCCAAAACACCAGUUUUAAUGCUAACUGCAUCUGCAACAACCGAAGUUGUAAGUGAAGUGGUGGCAAUUCUUGGAUUAACAGAUGUAGAAGUGAUUACAUCUGAUUUUGAUCGACCUAACCUGGUUUAUUUGGUCCAACAGAAGUCAUCAAAAACAGUAGCAGAUAUUGUUGAUAUAGUUAAACCACUAUCAUGCUCACUUGUGUAUUGUUCAUCUCGAACAGAGUGUGAAGAAUUAUCAGCAAAACUGGAGUCUCACAGCAUCAUGUCAAAGGCAUACCAUGGGUCAAUGUCUAAACAGUUGCAUUCUUCCCUUUACACUCAGUGGAUGGCAGGAGACUUGCAAGUGCUAUGUUGUACAAGUGCAUUUGGUAUGGGUGUAAACAAAUCAAAUGUACGAGCUGUUAUUCAUUAUUCACUCCCUGCGUCUAUGGAAGAUUACUACCAACAAAUUGGACGUGGUGGGCGUGAUGGUCUACAAUGCAAAUGUGUAUUGUUUUUUAGUGCAACAGAUCAAAUAUGUCAUGUGCAGCGUAUUUUUGCCAAAUACAAUAAAGACAGUGCAGCUUUAAGUGCAAGACUUAAGAACUUCCAAGCACUCAUGAGCUAUUGCCUUAAUAAACAUCUCUGCAGAAAACGUGUACUUUUAAAUUAUUUUGGGCAGAGUCCUUUAAAAGAUUGCAAUUGUCAGUGUGAUGUUUGCACAACACAGUGUAAUACAAAGGAGUUGGAUAUUACUAAUUAUACUUUAUCAAUUGCUAACUGCAUUCAGAAACUAAAAAAUGACUACAAUGGGAAGAGGUUAACUGUCAAGCAGCUGGCAAACAUUAUCACUGGUAAGAAAACCUCUGAAAUUAUAAAGAAAAAGUACAAUGAGUUACCUGGUUAUGGUUGUUUUAUGGAAACAUCAGAGCAAGGUGAACUUCUAUUACGCAGACUUGUAGUGGUAGACAUUCUCAGAGAGGUUCCCAAUGAUGAGAAUCCAAGAAAUGCCUUGUAUGUUGAUAUCGGCUCCAAAUUUAUGACUAUUCUAAACAAUGAAAACAGAAUAACAUUUUUUAAG